UGCAAGUGUGACCUGUAUGUUUCUCUUGUUUAUGGGACGGGUUUCCAGGUGUGCCACUCCCUUGGAGGUGGCACAGGUUCUGGCAUGGGAACCCUUUUGAUAUCCAAGAUAAGGGAAGAAUACCCAGACAGAAUGAUGCUCACAUUCUCUGUUUUCCCUUCAUCAAAGGUCUCGGACACAGCUGUUGAACCUUACAAUGCCACCCUCUCUGUGCACCAGUUGGUAGAGACUGCUGAUGAAUGCAUGGUCCUAGAUGAUGAAGCACUCUAUGACAUUUGCUUCAGGACCUUGAAGCUCAGCACUCCAAGCUUUGGUGACCUGAACCACUUGAUAUCUGCAACUAUGAGUGGGGUAACAUGCUGCUUGAGAUUUCCUGGCCAGCUGAACUCAGUGCGGAAGCUGGCAGUGAACCUGAUCCCAUUCCCACGUCUUCAUUUCUUCAUGGUGGGGUUUACACCACUCACCUCUCGUGGAUCGCAGCAUUACAUCUCCCUCAGUGUCCCAGAGCUGACUUAGCAAAUGUGGGAUGCCAAGAACAUGGUGUGUGCAGCUGACCCUCGCCAUGGUCGUUACCUGACAGCAUCAGCCAUGUUCAGGGGAAACAUGAGCACGAAAGAGGUGGAUGAACAGAUGAUCAAUGUGCAAACAAAAACUCAUCAUACUUUGUCGAGUGGAUCCCUAACAAUGUGAAGUCAAGCGUGUGUGAUAUUCCACCGACAGGCCUAAAGAU